UCCUAUACAGAGCCCCUUUCUAGGGAUGUUUAGCUAUCUUUUUUGUCUUGUCCCCAGAUUGACCUUGCUGAUAGAGGCCACUUCCUAGGAGCUGCUAAGAUGGGCAUGAGAAUCAAACUGCAAAGCACCAACCACCCCAACAACCUGCUGAAGGAACUCAAUAAGUGCCGGCUGUCAGAGACCAUGUGCGAUGUCACUAUCGUGGUGGGCAGCCGCUCCUUUCCUGCCCACAAGGCAGUGUUGGCGUGCGCAGCUGGCUACUUCCAGAACCUCUUCUUGAAUACUGGGCUUGAUGCCGCCCGGACCUAUGUGGUGGACUUCAUUACUCCUGCCAACUUCGAGAAGAUUCUGAGCUUUGUCUACACCUCAGAACUUUUCACAGACCUGAUCAACGUUGGGGUCAUCUAUGAGGUCGCCGAGCGUCUGGGUAUGGAGGACCUGCUUCGGGCCUGCCACUCCACGUUUCCCGACCUAGAGAGCACUGCAGUAGCUAAGUCCUUGACCAGCACCAGUGAUAGCCAGUCUGGUACUCUGAGGUGUCCUUCAGCAGAUCCCACCCACCCUCUUGGGGAACUCCGGGGAAGUGGGGAACACUUUGGUCCUGAGAGAAACUAUAUGUUGCCUACUGAUGCUGGAGGGAGCUAUAAAGAGGAAGAAAGGAAUGUUGUCAGUGAUGCUAAUCACAGCUUGCCCCUGCCACAGCUGCCCUUGCCACCAAAGACAGAAGACCACGAUGCCCCUGUUUCAUUCACGUCUGUUCCUACUAUGGUGACCCAGCCAGUCCUAGGCACUGUCAGCACGGGCAUCCAGACCAGUGCAAGUUCUUGCCAGCCAUACAAAGUUCAGAGCAAUGGAGACUUCAGUAAAAGCAGCUUCUUCGCCUCCGACAGUGCCAUAGACAUUACAGCUGGGACCAAUUCCUGUUUGAGCAAUAGCGACCACUCCAAAGAUCCAGGCUUUGGGCAGGUGGAGGAGCUCCAACUGGAGGACCUGGGGGAUGAGGAUUUGCAGUUCGAGGACCCGGCCGAAGAGAUCGGGACAACUGAGGAGGUGAUUGAGCUGAGCGAUGACAGCGAGGAUGACCUGACUUUUGGUGACAGUGACAGCCGGGAGAAUAAGGCCAUGCCCUGUCAGGUAUGCAAGAAAGUUCUUGAGCCCAACAUUCAGCUGAUCCGGCAGCACGCUCGGGACCACGUGGACUUGCUCACAGGUAACUGCAAGGUCUGCGAGACCCACUUCCAGGACCGGAACUCCCGGGUGACCCAUGUCCUGUCCCACAUUGGUAUUUUUCUGUUUUCCUGCGACAUGUGUGAAACGAAAUUCUUUACCCAGUGGCAGCUGACGCUGCAUCGGCGGGACGGCAUAUUUGAGAACAACAUCAUUGUCCACCCUAACGAGCCCCUUUCUGGGAAACUGGGUCUCUUUCCGGGGGCGGCCUCCCCAGAGUUGAAAUGUGCUGCUUGUGGGAAAGCGCUGGCCAAAGAUUUCCAUGUGGUCCGAGGCCACGUCCUUGACCAUCUGAACUUGAAGGGCCAGGCGUGCAGCGUCUGCGACCAGCGCCACCUCAACCUGUGCAGCCUCAUGUGGCACACCCUCUCUCAUCUGGGCAUCUCGGUCUUUUCCUGUUCAGUCUGUGCCAGCAGCUUUGUGGACUGGCACCUCCUAGAGAAGCACAUGGCUGUGCACCAGAGCCUGGAGGACACCCUGUUCCGCUGCCACUUAUGCAGCCAGAGCUUCCGGUCUGAGGCUGCCUACCGCUACCACGUCAGCCAGCACAAAUGCACCAGUGGCUUUGACUCGCGGCCUGCUCUGGGGCUGCAGCACCUCGCCCUCCAGAAGCGGAAGCUGCCCGCGGAGGAGUUUUUGAGCGAGGAGCUGGCUCUGCAGGGCCAGCCUGCCAACAGCAAGUAUAGCUGCAAGGUCUGUGGGAAGAGGUUCGCCCACACGAGUGAGUUCAACUACCACCGGCGGAUCCACACGGGUGAGAAGCCUUACCAGUGCAAGGUGUGUCACAAGUUCUUCCGAGGUCGCUCGACCAUCAAGUGCCACCUCAAGACACACUCGGGGGCGCUUAUGUACCGCUGUACCGUCUGUGGCCACUACAGUUCCACCCUUAACCUCAUGAGCAAACAUGUCGGUGUCCACAAGGGCAGCCUUCCGCCUGACUUCACCAUCGAGCAGACCUUCAUGUACAUUAUCCAUUCCAAAGAGACUGAGAAGAACCCAGACAGCUGACGGGGUCUCUGCAGAGCCAGGGGGCUCCCAGGUGGCAGCCGGGUAGUGAUUUUCUAGAAGGUCCUUGCCCAGCUGACGCUACAGUUUGCCUUGCUAGGAAUUCUACUCUGUGUCGCGUUGAGAGAAGAAAGAGCACAUAAGCUGUUACUGUUUGCGAGAGGCAGCAGCCCCGUUACCUUUACCUCCAUACCUGUUCUUGCCCACAGAGGGGCUGCAUUCUUGAUUAUUUUGAGGCUGGUCUUUAGGAUCUCGUCAAGCGGGCCUGUCUACUAGGUCCCCUUUGCCAGUUUCUCUUGUUUUAGUUUACUGAUAGAUUUUAUGCUGCUAAGAACCUACCAGCAGCCUCACUGGAUAGAAGAGGUGGAGAGAGGUUUUCACUGUGGGGGUGACUGCCCGACUUUUGGCGGUACAACAUCUCUGAGAAGGUUUGGGGAAUUGGUCAUUCUGAAGGACGAGUAACAGGGCAGGGCAGUUCAUCUCGGGGUUCUACCCGCUCAGUAGGAACAAGGUGUCAGGAGCUGAGGGCACUACUUGCUCUGCAUCUCAAAUCUCCCGAUUAGACUGAAAAUCUCUUGUCAGCUAGAUCUAAACUGAGGACCAAGCCUUCUGUUUAGAUUGGCAAGCUUUGGGUGUCCCAUGCAAGCUCUGGGUGUCCCAUGCAAGCUCUGGGUGUCCCAUGCAAGCUCUGGGUGUCCAUGGUGCCACCCGAUGGGAAGCCUGCAUGAAUGGAAGAAGAUGCCCCUCUUUUUCCUCGUUUCCAAAGAAACAUGAUUUUUUUAGAGUAUAGCCCUGGAUGUCAAGCCUUCUGUCACGAGCAGAGAGGACAGAGAGCCACUUCAAUGUAGUCAUCUGUCACCUGGCCACCUCCUUCACCCUGUAUCUCCUGGGCACGGAGGAGGGAACUUCUUUGACAGCAGCAGUCUUGCCUUAAUUCACAUCAAGUCUCCCACUCAGGAUGGUUUGGCCUACAGCGUAGACGAGAAGACCUGUGAGGCGGUGGAUUUAAGGAACCCGAUUAACUGGUGAUAUAUGGCAGGGUGUGUGCUCUGACUGUUCCAUGUGGGUAACUUGUUUACUUGGUGGUAAAAGUAUGGGAGUUUGGCGUUCAUGCUGAGCAUCACCUCCAGGGGGCGAUCUUGGAUGGUAGCUGGCUUAGGCCUUCCAUGUGGCUAUUGGCUCCUUAGUCUUUGAAAGGGCCUUGCCCAAAAAAGGUUGGAGGAGAGAACCCUUGAUCUUGCAUACUUAUAAGAUGGCACCUCAGUAGCUCAUACUACCUCACCCUGCUCAGGUGAGCUCUGAGAGUCCCUAAUUUUGGGCCCAGCCACUGACACUGCCCCUGGUGGGACUCAGCAGCACUCUGGGCUAUUUCAUAAACAAGUGGUUUUAAUUAACUCACAAGGCCUUUAGACAUUAAUAUUUAUUUAUUUUUGUUUUGUAUACAUAUUACCCAGCAUCUCUUUUCGAUAAGUGACUUUAGGAAAAUUAGUUUCUCUCAAGCAAGGAACCAUAUUCCACCAGAUGGGUAUGGCUGUGGAUUUGGAGAACAGGCGUGUAACCAUGAGAAGAUGUGCCAGGCCUUUUAAAGAGCACAGUUUCUCUUCUCCAGGUGUAGUUUCUAGCAGAGCAAAUCUAGAUCAAGUCACAUGAAGGUUUUUGCACAGUUUUUAUACUUCCAGCUUGGGCAGCCUCCUGUCCAUAUAUUUUAAGACACAGAGGCAAACCAAAGCUGUAUCCUUCUUGGGCUGGCUGCCUCUUUCCCCAGCCUUGAACUGAGAAAGCCUGUGAAUAAAGAAAUGCCCAGGGCAUCCGGGGGGCUCACAUGAUGAGCCUCAGACAGUGACUAGUGAAAGGCCGCCUUUUCAUUGAGAAAUCACUGCCACAACUCUGGUUUCCUUUCCCUGGGGAUGGGUAACAAGCUACCGUGAUGGAUCUGCUGAACUUUCCAGACUGCUGGUGAGCGAGUGUGGACUGGCUGAUGAGGGGGUGGUACUUCCCGGACCUCAACCAAGUCACUGAGAGUGGAGAAACCCUUUUCCGUAGCUUAUGGCAUCGUGGAUGCUGGGUGGUCGGUCUGUCUACUUAACCUGAAACUGUGAAGUUUUCCUUUUUU